GUCCUCCACAAUAAGUCUCGCGCUCAUCAUCGGGUAUUGCUUGAAGCUCUGCGUCCAGCAGGAAUGCAUGAAUCUGAACUGUUGGCCUCUCCUGAAGACUACAUUGACUACUACCAACAUCAGGUCCACUGGGUUGAUUCGCCAGCAGUCCCAUUCAUCGCAGUUGGUGGACAAACCCGCCUUAUUCAUCUGGAACUCAAAUUAAAUGAUUAUCUGCCAGGAGGAAGUGAAAAAGAACCUCUAAUAAACUUCUCAAAAUGUCAUCAGAUUGCUGACUUGAAGGAGCACUAUCUCUCUUUUCAAAAUAUCCCCUUCAACUUGCAACCCGAUCCUGUUAUACAGGAUUUUUUGAAACAACUCGACCCUCACGCCCUAGCCGGUGUCAAAGAUGAGGCAGAAUUUGAGGAUCUAAUGUUUCAGCAGUCCCUCUGUAUUCAACCUCGUGAAGGAACCACCCCUAAUCUAUCGAACUUCCCCUCUGCUGAAAGUUCAAUGAACCGCCAGCUAACUGCCACAGAACUUCGAGUUGGUAACCUAAUUAGCGCGGCGCCGAUUGAUGUGAAUAUGAAGACUGGGUUUAAAGAGUUUAGGCAGCUUAUUGCUAUAACGUCCAUCUCCCCGGACGCUAAAUUUGAUUUUGCUACCUCCGCCAAUUCAGUUCUACUACCGAAUCGGACACCAUCUUGCGGUAGUCUUGGUCGUGGCCUAAAGGUGCGGGACCAAUUGAGUGCAUCCUGUUCAGCUUCCUCAACUGAGUGCAGCAGUCGUGUAUCGCCAGCCCUGCACAUCGAGCCCGGUGCUCCGCCCCCACUCCCACCGAAACCAACUGUCGUCUCUCUGCAUGCCAGUCCCUUGCCAGUUGGUGAAUGGCGAGAUGUGUUUGCCAGUAACUCGGAGCACAUCGAUGUCACCGAUUUUACCACUACUGUGGCUGCUCCUCCUCUUCCUCCUCGAGCGAGUGCUUCACCGUCAAUCGAUAGAAUUAUGGAACUAUCCCCUCGUCCAUUGGAAGAAUGCCAUCAGUGUUCUAGGAGUGCAAACCCUACCGCCUCUUUGGAACGACGGUGUCAGUUAGGUGGGCCAGUUGACGGCCGACCCCCACCACCUCCUCCGAAAACUUCGACAAGUCACUUCAGUACCUCCCUUCAUUCUAAUCCAACUGAUGGUAAUUCUCCUAUCUAA